AUGAUCAUCAUUAUGAUCAGCAGCAGCAGCAGCAGCAUCAGCAUCAGCAUCAGCAGCAGCAUCAGCAGCAGCAUCAGCAGCAGCAUCACCAGCAGCAUCACCAGCAGCAGCAGCAUCAGCAACAGCAGCAUCAGCAACAGCAGCAGCAUCAGCAGCAUCAGCAACAGCAUCAGCAGCAUCAGCAUCAGCAGCAUCAGCAUCAGCAUCAGCAGCAUCAGCAUCAGCAGCAUCAGCAGCAUCAGCAUCAGCAGCAGCAGCAGCAGCAGCAGGAGCAGCAGCAGGAGCAGCAGCAGACCCAUGGCAGCGCAAUAG